UCUGCGACAGGUUUUACACAGUAUUUUUUACCAUCGUCAGGGAAAGACACCGUUAUUUUCAUACUUGAAAAGUCUAAAUAAUAUUUUUCAUCGUGCACGUGGGCGCCCCAUCACUGCCAACCUAAGUCGCAGACUAGUCGCUUCUUCGCCAUUCCACCAGAACCUUAUCCAUCAUUGCAAACGCAAACGCGAAUCUGCAAACGAUAAAUUGAAGUGGAAUUUGAUACGAUGGCCGCCUCCGACAAGCUGUACCCCAACUACGACGCCAGCGUGUGGCUGCGCUCCUGCGAGCAGGAGGUCACCGAGCCUCUCGACGGAGAAAUAACAGGCGAGCUGCCGGCAUGGCUGCGCGGGACCUUGCUGCGCAACGGGCCGGGCUCGCUGAAGGUCGGCGACAUGCGCUUCAAGCACAUCUUCGACGGCUCCGCGCUGAUGCACCGGUUCGCGAUCCAUGAGGGAAGCGUGACGUACCAGUGCCGCUUCCUGCAGUCCAGCACAUACAAGCGCAACCAGGCGGCGCAGCGCAUCGUGGUCAGCGAGUUCGGCACCAAGGCCGUGCCCGACCCCUGCCAUACCAUAUUCGACAGAGUCGCAUCGGUGUUCAAGCCAGACGAGACAAUCACCGACAACGCUAUGAUAUCGCUGUACCCCUUCGGCGACGAGAUAUACGCUUUCACGGAGGCACCGGCCAUUCACAGAAUAGACCCAGUGACCCUGGACACGAUGGAGCGCAAAAACAUGAUGGACUCCUUAGCGUUUGUAUGCCACACCGCCCACCCGCACGUUAUGCCCAACGGUGACGUGUACAACUUGGGCAUGUCGCUGGUGAAGGGCCGCGUCAAGCACGUCGUGGUCAAGUUCCCGUUCACGGAGAAGGGCGACAUGUUCGCGCGCGCGCGCGUGGUGGGCAGCCUGCGCCCGCGCUGGCCGCUGCACCCCGCCUACAUGCACACCUUCGGCAUCACGGCGAACUACUUCGUGAUCGUGGAACAGCCGCUGGCGGUGUCGCUGUACGGCGUGCUGCGGAGCCAGGUGUCCGGCGCGCCGCUCGCCGACAGCCUUCACUGGUACCACGACCAGGACACGCACAUCGUGCUGAUCAGCCGCAGCACGGGCAAGGAGGAGCGGCGCUACUGCACGGAGCCGCUGUUCUUCCUGCACAUCAUCAACGCCUUCGAGCGCGACGGCACGCUCGUGCUGGACCUCUGCGCCUACAAGGACGCCAAGGCCAUCGACGCCAUGUACGUCCAGGCUAUCGAGAACAUGCAGAGCAACGCGGAGUACGCGGAGUGGUUCCGCGGGCGGCCCCAGCGGCUGGAGCUGCCUCUGGACGCGACGACGCCGGCGCGGGUGGCCGCCCGCCCGCUGGCCGCGCUCGGCUGCGAGACGCCGCGCAUACACUACGACGCCUUCAACGGUCGUCCGUAUCGCUAUUUUUAUGCCAUCAGUUCAGAUGUUGAUGCGGAAAAUCCUGGUGCGGUGAUCAAGGUGGACACGUGGACGGGCGCCACGCUGACGUGGAGCAGCGCCGACUGCUACCCCAGCGAGCCCGUGUUCGUGCCCGCGCCCGACGCCAAG